CAGGCCUCUCGUGCGACUGAUCUCUAACAUCGUAUUCAGCGUCAUAGGAACAGGCCUCUUCUGUUAGAUACGACUUUUCAGAAUGCACUAUUGUGGACUUCUGAUCUUGGUUGUCUGCAUUUUGCCCGUCACAAAAUGCCAAGAGUUCAACUGCACCUUCGAAGCGGGAAUCUGCGGGUGGACACAGUCCCAAACUGAUGAUUUUGACUUAAUUUUGGACUCUGACGGCACCCCAUCACUUCACACAGGGCCUAGUGAAGAUCACACCUUUGGAGAUUCCUUGGGCGUGUACCUUUAUUUGGAAGGCAGUGGUAGAAGCGCACAGGACAAGGCAGUCUUGCUAAGUCCAGAGGUUCCAGGGACAACUGAGCAGCAGUCAUGGUGCUUCAGUUUCUGGUACAAUAUGUUUGGCCGAAGCAUAGACUGCAUCAACGUGUUUGCCUACCUGACCUCUUCUGGAAAUGACAUCAGCACGAAAACUCCCGUUUUCAGCGUCUGUGGCCGACAAACCGGUGACAAAGCAUGGAUGCAGGCACUAGUUAACAUUUCCGGCCUGGACGCAGGCUUUACCGUUGCAAUGGAAGUCAUCAGAGGGGACAGUUCGCAAUCAGACAUAGCGAUUGACGAUCUGUCAAUCUGGCAAGACGAAUGUCCAAGUCCUUUGUUGAGUUUUAACUGCAGUUUCGAGCAAGGACCUUGUGGCUGGACCCAAUCCAAUGAUGACGACUACAAUUUGGCUUUGCAGCGAGAAGAUACUUUAUCGAGCGAAACAGGACCAGAAUUUGACCACACGUUUGGAGAUUACUCAGGCACGUACCUUUAUUUGGAAGGUUCUAAUGGAAAUGCACGAUACAGGGCAGUCUUGCUAAGUCCAGAGGUUCGAGGGACAGCGGAGCAGCAGUCAUGGUGUUUUAGUUUCUGGUACAAUAUGUUUGGCCGACACAUAGACUGCAUCAACGUGUUUGCCUACCUGACCUCUUCUGGAAAUGACAUCAGCACGAAAACUCCCGUUUUCAGCGUCUGUGGCCGACAAACCGGUGACAAAGCAUGGAUGCAGGCACUAGUUAACAUUUCCGGCCUGGACGCAGGCUUUAUCGUUGCGAUGGAAGUCAUCAGAGGGGACGGUUCGAAGUCAGACACAGCCAUUGACGACCUGUCAAUACGGCAAGACGAAUGUCCAAGUAAGCGUGCAGUUGAUGCAUAA